AUGUUUGCUGCCAUCCGCACUCCCAUGCUCCGCACUGCUGCCCGCCCGGCACUCGCCGCCCGCGUCGCUGCUCCCCAGACCCGCCUCUACCACGAGAAGGUGAUCGACCACUACGAGCGUCCCAGGAAUGUCGGCUCGCUCGACAAGAACGACAUCAACGUCGGCAGUGGUCUCGUUGGUGCUCCCGCUUGCGGUGACGUCAUGAAGCUCAUGAUCCAGGUCGACGACAAGGGAAUCAUCUCGGACGUCAAGUUCAAGACGUUCGGCUGCGGUUCUGCCAUCGCCUCGUCGUCUUACAUGACCGAGCGUGUCAAGGGGUUGUCCUUGGAGGAAGCUGGAGCGAUCAAGAACACGGAGAUCGCGCAAGGCCUCUCCCUUCCCCCUGUCAAGCUUCACUGCUCCAUGCUUGCGUGCGACGCCAUCAAGGCUGCCAUCAAGGACUACCACAAGAAGCGUGCCGCUGGAGGAAAGGCGACCAAGCCCGGCCACAUCGACGUCAGCAUGAGCGCGGCGACGGGCAAGACGGAGGCGCAGGCCCACCCCGGCUCGGGCGCCGUCUAA